CUUCCGGUUUGAAUUCACCGACGUAUCUCAACUUUUUAACAAAUAGUAACCCAUAAACAUCUAAUGAGAACCUCUUUGGCACUGUAACUAUUUUUACAAGUAUACCACUUAUUCCAUCCAAGUUGAAGGAAAGAACAUUCCUGUGAAGACCACAUCAUAAAUUCAAUGAGGCUUAGAUACAGAAGAAACGCAAUUUUAAAGUUGGGAAUAGUGGUGAUAACACUAAUAAUUGUUGUGCCCUUGAUCAUUCAUCACUUUGAGCGUCCUGCUGAUGACGAAAGUCCAGAAGUGAUCAAGAAAAAACUCAGGGUUGCAAGGUAUCAAGAGAAGAAAAGGCAACAGAAGAACAUCCAGAAUGUUGUUGAAAAUCCAGUCUUAGCUCAGAAAGGAGGAAAGUUUGAGUUACCAGCUGAUGAGGCUAUAGCCGAGCCGACACACGGACCAGUAGCUGUAGUAAAACCAGGUGUUCUGGGAAAUUUUGAGCCAGAUUACCCAAGUAAAAGUGGUCCAGGUGAGAAUGGGCAAGCAGUAUAUACUGGAAUGGAAGAGAGGUCAAGGGCAGACAAAUCUGUCAGGGAAUUUGGAUUUAACAUGGUUAACAGUGACAAAAUCUCAAUGACCAGAACCAUCCCUGACACCAGGCUAGAUGAAUGUAAGUACUGGCACUACCCUGAGGACCUUCCCUCAGCCAGUGUCAUCCUGGUCUUCCAUAACGAGGGCUGGUCCACUCUGAUGAGAACGGUCCACAGCGUCAUAGAAAUGUCACCCAAACAGUACCUUCACGAGAUCGUCAUGGUGGACGAUUUCAGUGACAAAGAGCACUUGAAAGGAAAACUUGAUGAGUACAUAAAACAAUUUAAUGGUCUGGUAAAGCUGUACAGAAACUCGGAACGCCUCGGUCUUAUUGGUACCAGGACAAGGGGAGCAGAGUUAGCGACUGGAGAUGUUAUUGUGUUUUUGGAUGCUCACUGUGAAUGUAAUAGAAACUGGCUGGUUCCACUGUUAGCCAGAAUCCGUUACGACAGGACGAUCAUGGCUGUUCCCACCAUUGAUGGAAUAGACUGGGAUAAUUUCCGCUACCACCCAGUGUAUGGUGCUCAACAUCAUAGAGGAAUAUUUGAAUGGGGAUUUCUGUACAAAGAGAGUGUGGUCCCAGAGAGGGAGCUUAGAACCAGAGAACACAACAGUGCACCCUACAAGUCACCUACACAUGCUGGAGGGCUGUUUGCUAUGGAUCGUAAAUACUUUUUUGAGUUGGGUGCUUAUGACCCAGGACUGAAAAUCUGGGGUGGUGAAAAUUUUGAACUUUCAUUCAAGAUCUGGCAAUGUGGAGGAAGCAUUGAAUGGGUGCCUUGUUCUAGGGUUGGCCACGUUUACAGAAACCACAUGCCUUAUGGAUUUGGAAAAAUUGAUGUCAAAAUCCCAGUUAUCAGUUUGAAUUACAUGCGUGUGGUGGAGGUUUGGUUAGACAGGGAGCACAAGGAAUUCUUCUACACCAGAGAGCCCGGAGUAAGGGGGUAUCCUAUAGGAGACAUCUCUCAGCAGCUCAAGUUUAAAGAGGAGCAUAAGUGUAAAGACUUCAAGUGGUUCAUGGAGAAUGUGGCUUAUGAAGUUUAUGAAAGAUUCCCCAAACUUCCUCCUAAUAAAGCAUGGGGAGAGGUAAAACUGAGAAAAGGCUCCUCUUGUAUGGACACAAUGGGUCAAGCAGUUGGGGGAGGGGCAAUUGGUCUCAGCUACUGUCAUCACUUUGGGGGUAGUCAACUUUUUAGAAUAAAUACAAAAGGCCAGAUAGGAGUUGGUGAAAGAUGUAUCGAGUCCCCCAAUGGAAACACUCUCCAUGUGGCCUACUGUGAGGUGCAGCCCACGGGACCCUGGGACUACGACGAGGCAAGUGGAGUCAUCAAGAAUACAUAUCACAACAAGUGUUUGGAUGGAACAAACGGGAAGCUGACACUUCAGCCGUGUAAUGGUGGGGGAGACUCCCAGAGCUGGGUGGUCACGGAAGUGUACUCCUGGAAGAAAUAAAACACAGCUGAUAUUGACCAGUCAAUCUUCACAGUGCUCAAUGUACAUUCCAUAUCUACUUACUGUGAAAGGUGUGUGUCCAUAGAUAGAUGAAUAGAUGUGUGAAUGUGUGAGUGGUUACAGAGAAUUUAAGAUCUAUAAAUUGUCCACCAGUUUUGUAUGCACAUUACGUCCAACCUUGCAGCAAUGGAUCAUGUGUACUGUCAAACAGAAAACAAAGUUAUUUUAUUUACCUGUGAGAAUCUUUCUCAUGCAUAUUUCUUGUUGACUGAAUAAUAGGUUUGGUUUAUUAUGUAACCUUUAUUUGGUCAAUGCAAGAAGUAGUUGCAGGAUAAAUAUCUCAUAUGCAAAAGUUCAUCAAAAUAUAUUGGAAAGUUCUUGGUAUUAUUAUUAAAAAUGACAUUUUUUAAAAUUUUAUUUUUGCAAAUAAAACAUUGUUUCCAGUAUAUGUAUAUUGUGUGGCUAAACUGCAUGCAAUCAACAUACAAUGUGCAUUCCACAAACCAUGACAGAAACAUCUGAUAUACUCUGUUCUCACAUUUAUAUUUUUAGUUUUAGAUUAAAAAUAUAAAAAAUAUAUAGUGUGUAAAGUGGGGUUUUUCCAGGUAAGCUAUUUUAAGAUUAAAAAACAGCUUUACAUCAGAGAGAUCUGAGACCAAUAUUAAUUUUAAAAGGGGUAUAACUCCAUUUUCUGUUGGGAGCUUUCUUUGUCAUAUAUGUAUUUUUAUUUAAGAAGUGCCCUUUUUGUGAAUUUAUACAUGCACAUCACUAGUUUUUUUUCUUUUUUGGAUAAUUUGUUUAAGGUCAAGUGCUUUAUUUAGACCAGAAGCAGAUUUUUUUUAAUUGCUUACAUUUAUUCUAAGUUUCCUUUAGUAUUCCAAAUCAAAUGACAUUUUGAUACAUGUAUAUACAUUGUACAUUUUAUAUUUGCCAUUGAAUGCAUGCUUCUAGUACUUAAACAUUUAAUUGCUGAUAAAAACAACUUUGUUAAACCAUUGUAUAGAAUGUUGUGUCUUGGCUCUUGUAUACCUACAUGUAUAUGGUGAAUUCCUCUUAGAUAAUUCUAUUAUUUUUUAUCUUAAUUGAACAACAUUUAAAAUAUGGACAUCUUUUAUAUUUGAAUAUCUUCAGGAUUUUUAUAAUUUUUACUUACCUGGUUGAAAGGGCUCAUUUAAUCUAGACUUGUAAAAUAUACAAAAACUACCAGGUAUUCUCAAAAUUAAAAACCAGGGUCUAAACUCUAAAAUAAAAAAAAAAAAUGAAUAUUGUCAUGUGAAGUUAUGUGGAAUCUUUUAUUUCAACCAAUCCUAAUUUCAAUUCCAUUAAUAUUUCACAAUUGAAAAGGUUUUUAAACUAAUACAUACAUGUAUGUAUUUGCCUCUAAAUAUCAAACUUAACAAAACUUGAAAGUUGCCGUCUUUCCCUCACUGAAGACCUUACAAUCUGGUUCUUAUUGAACGAUAAAAUUGUGCUCCGUAAUUUACCUAUUAAAAAUUUUUUUCUUUAUAUCUAGAAAAAAUAUAUUUGGCUUUGAAACUUUACAUUUCGCUGGUCAUAUGGUCAUUCUAGUCAAUUCACUACACCACUAUCUGGCAAUGACUAUAGUUCUUGCCAUUUUUUUGUUGUUCUACAGGAAAACCUGUUUUAAUAUAUGCAUGUCUAAAACAGUAACUGUAAUCACAUUUAAGUAACUGUAAACCCAUUUAUUCUUUGCAUGCAUGUCUUAAGAUGAAAGAUUAUUAGGUUAAAAAAAAAAUUGCAACAAGAAAAAAGACAUCAUGGAAACUUUAAGUACUGUAGGUUUACCUAAUAAAACCAGGUUAGAUUGCUUUCUCACUUGAUUUAAAAGAUGUACAAGACCAGGCAAAUGUAGAGAGAUGCUGUACCAAGUUGAAUUCAGUGUUUCCCUCCAGAAAUUCUGUGAAGAUUCAGAGGUUAAUCGGCUCCCUCGGCAAAUAGAACUCAAUUUGUGGGUCAUACCUUGACUCGAAAUUCAUGUUUGUUGAUUCAUAAAAUAAAAUUCUGCUGGGCAGGUUAUUACCAUUAAAAUGAUGUGAUAAUGUACAUACACAAUGUGGUUAUUGUUUGAAAAAUGGGAUAAAUAUAUACAUAAAUGGGUGUUUGUACAUACUAAAGUUUUUUUUUUAAUUAUGGGUUAAUUAUUUUCAUAUUUAAUAUGAAUUUUUCAUAAUUUCUACAGUUAGAUAGAUUUUUGAUGGUGUAAAAUGAAUUGUGAUGUCAAUAAAGUUUUCAUUUUAUAACAUUUUUUUCACUGUCUUAACAAGUCAGCUGUAAAAAGGAUAUUUAGUUAAUCUUUCUGUAAUAAGCUGUAUUUUGUUCUUAAUAUUGCAUGGACAAUUUAUCAGUAUUUCUGUUCUCUCUUUAGAUUAAAAAAGUGACACGCAAAACAGUAUUUUCUUGGUGCAUUGUAUCUCCAACUCAUCUUUUAAUCAUGCAUGCAAGUUGAUCUUUUAAGAUAAAAUUUUUAAAGUAAUUCACAGAAUUUCUAUAUUUAUUUUUUAUGAUUCUGAUGGUACAGAUAUCUUAUUUUGAAAUUGACUUUUCAAAUUACAUGUAUAUAAAAUUCUUUUCUUCUAUGGUAAUCAUAAGUUAAAUCAGAAAUUGAUUUUUGUCUUAAAUAUGUAUAAAACACAUCUAAAUGGCAUAUAUGAGGUACAUAUAUAUGCACCAAUUUUUUGAGAUAUUUUUCUUUAAUUUAAUAUGUUGAUGGUGCGACCGUUGGGGCGAGUGCAGACAUUUAUCCAGUUUUAAUUCAGAUCUGGCUCAUCGAAAAGAAUGUGACAUUUGGAACAUCUAGACUUGACGUCACAGGACGUUGUGUGUAAGUUGCAUUACCAAAAUGAAGUCUGAGCAGUGCUGUUUAAUGAAGAACGUUUUAUUUGCCAUUUUUCUGCAAUAUAUCAGUUAAAUCAAAGCAAGUUUGUAUUUUUUGCUGAACUUUUGUUGUUAUUCUCGCGAGAGUGUAGCUUUACGAAAAGAUGAAUUGUGGGUCCAAAUUACUGUGGAAAAAUUUCUAAAUGUGCACUAGUCCGAAUUUUCUCUUCGCCCAGGUGGUGUCGUUAGGGCUCGCAGUGACGAGCGUCACUUUGCGACGAUCGCUGCACUCGCUAUUAACUAAUUAUACAUGUAUUUAUUUGACAGAUUUGAAUGUAUAGUUACAUUGUAGCUUUUGUUGAAAAAUAAAAGAAUUCAAAAGGG